AUGCGAGCGACUUUUGGCGAUGAGGCGAUUGAUAGAUUGCUGCCAGCUGCAGAAGCGAGUCGGAGUUCUUCAUUUUAUGACAUCCGACAUUCCAAAACCCCGACGGAACCCGAGAUCACCGAGGAGGCCAAGCAGAAAAUUGCUCAGAUCGUUUACAUCGGUCAACUCUCAAUCGGUACCCCGGGACAGCGCUUUAACAUGAUUCUAGACACCGGUAUUGGAUGCAUUGGGUGGGGCGGA